AUGCCACCGAUCAGAUCGCAUGGCGAAUAUGAGCAGCAGGAGCAGCGUAGCAAACUAGCCAACUCCUACCAGUCCCUUCUGAACGAGUUCUCCUCGAAAGAACUCCAUACAGUCGGCAACUACACACUCGGGCGACUCAUCGGCAAAGGGAGCUUCGGCAAGGUCUACCUCGCCUCCCACAAGCUCACAAAUGGCUCAAAGGUCGUGCUCAAGUCGGCCAAGAAGGACGAUGCGAACCUGGCGCGCGAGAUACACCACCAUCGACAAUUUUUGCACCCUCACAUCGCACGACUUUACGAGGUGAUUGUUACGGAGAACUUGGUAUGGCUGGUGUUGGAGUGGUGUCCGGGAGAUGAGCUUUACAACCAUCUGCUCAACCAUGGCCGCAUGGAGCCGAGCAAGGUCCAGAAGAUUUUCACGCAAUUAGUUGGAGCGGUUAGUUAUGUGCAUGGGAAGAGUUGCGUGCAUCGGGACUUGAAGCUGGAGAACAUCUUGUUGGACAAGCAUGAGAAUGUCAAGUUGGUCGACUUUGGCUUCACGAGGGAAUAUCAGGGGUCUACGAGCUAUCUGCAGACGUGGUGUGGCACAGUAUGCUACAGUGCUCCGGAGAUGCUGAAGGGCGAGAAGUAUGCUGGAGAGAAGGUAGAUGUCUGGAGUUUGGGCAUCAUAUUGCACGCUCUACUUUGUGGAGAGCUGCCGUGGGAUGAGGACGACGAGGCAGCGACAAAACAGCUGAUUUUGAAGGAGGAGCCCAAGUUCCCGGAUUACGUACCCGAGCAGGCUAAGGAACUCAUCAAGAAGCUUUUGGCGAAGCGUCCCAUCCUACGGCCUUCGCUGGGUGACAUACUGAAGGAUCCGUGGCUGGCAGAGCACUCGCCGCAGCAGCACGAAAUACUCAAGGUGCAACAGCCGCCAGCUUUCAGCACUCAGGUUGAAAAGGACACCUUGCAGCGUAUGAAAAGUGCAGGCGUUGACAUCGAUGUGGUAAUUGAGAAUGUCCUUUCUCAACGCUGUGAUGCGCUGGCAGGAUGGUGGGCGUUGUUGAUCGAGAAGGAGCAGCGGAAGGAGCGACGAAAAGAACGUAAGCGAAAGGAACGUGAAGCCGAGGCCAAGAGCAUACGACGAUUGAGUGCUGCAAGUAGCAGACUCCUGGCACAAAGUGCGCUCGGUGAAAUCCAAGAAGGUGAGGAGGCGGCUAUCCUAGGUUCGCCGAGUGCGCGAGGGCGGCGGAUGGCAAGGCCGAAUGGUAGUCUGAACAAAAGGUCUAUGGAUUUGCCACGAGUGCUGGAGACGAAUUCUCCUACAUCAGAACGAGCACCGCGCGACGAGACGGUAAAAGAUAGUGUGAUGCGAGAUCCGAGCAGAUCGAGGAGUAGGCCACCGCCGCCACCAAAGGAUCCGACGAUUGUGCUCCCACGGCCGAGACCACGCAAUGUACCACGGAGCAACAGUAUGCUUCGCUACUCGACCGUCAACCCAGACCUACUGUCCCCAGCAUACGUGCCACCACCACAGCGUAAGCGGCGAACGUUCUAUCCGCAGCCAUUGAAAGAACAGCUUGCCUGGGUCAAGCACUGGUUCAAAGAAGGCGCUAAGCGCGCAAAGUCACCUAGCAAUGCUGAAGGCAAGAAGGGCAAGACGAGUCCGCAAUUGGGCUCUGAUGGCACGACCGUCUCACCAAGCCGAGACGGCGUUCCUGAGAUUCAGCGCGUACUCACUGGACCUCUGACACAGCAUAGAAAAGCCAGUGUGGGUAGCAGACCUGAGCUUCAGCAGCGUGCGACUAUGCCUGCACGACCGCGCAUCAACACCAUGUCUUCGACCGAGAGUCGGAGUAGUCUCCAGCGCAAGCGCACUAGCCUCAGCCCGCACACCAUCACACCGCACUCUUCUUACCGAAGAUCAUCUGCCGGCUUGCGGGGACGGAAGUCAACUUCUUCUUCAGUGUCAUCUAUACGGAGUGCCUAUCAUUCCGUCGGAGGUCAUCAACACACCCAAAGCAAAGCCUCAAGCACAAGUAGCAACUCCGUUGCCUCACCAUCAAACUUGUCACAGGCUUCCGGAUCCAGGAUGGCACGCUCACCACAUGCUUCAGUCAAAGUCCUCCCUGCCACACCUACGAAUGGCACUUUCCCGUCUGGGAUGCGUGUGAGCAGACGACCGCUACCCGGUGCGUUAGGCAGUCUGCCCACCUUCGCUGAGGCCAGCAAGAAUACUUUCAACAAUCUCGCUCCUGGCUCACCAAGUCUACCUGUUUUCGCAAGAAGAAAACGCAGCGUCUUCAAGGGACCACUCAGCGGCUCGCCCUCCGGUUUCGCCAGGACAGCCACUGUUGGCAACUCGAGUCGAUCAGGUUCUGUGCAAGGACGACGCAGUGGCGAGAUGAUCAUGGGCAUCACGGAGGAAGACGAAGAGGAAGCCGAGCUGGAUGCGGAGUUCGAGGACGAAGAUGUGGAGGAGGUGGAUCAAUUCGGUCCCGAACUAGUUGCUGCUUCCCGAAUCCAGCUUCAUCAAGUCGGACCAGUCGUGGCAGUGGGAGAGGAUAUACCGGAGCCUGUCACGCCGGUCAGCGUUGCUCCUCCUGAAGACUUGGCAAGUGGUGCUGUCAGUCCACGCACCGUUCCGCUGCUGCCUAAUGGCGGUGCUGGACCCAUACCUCUCACGGCGGCUGCUUUAGCCAAGAUGGAAGAGGUUCAGGAGCACCAGGAGGCAGAGGAUGAGUUGGCGACGCUACCAGUGUCCAUCAAGUGA